CCCCCACGGAGGAAGGAGGAGGGGGACCCCCGACCAGGGAGGAGGAAGAGGACGAGCUGCCCACCGUGGUGGUCGCCAUCCUGGCCCGCAAUGCCCAGCACUCUCUGCCCCACUACCUGGGGGCCCUGGACCGCCUGGAUUACCCCGCGGAGCGCAUCUUCAUUUGGUGCGCCACGGAUCACAAUGUAGACAACACCACGCAAAUGCUGCAGGAAUGGCUCGGCGCGGUGGAAACACAUUACCGGUCCAUCGUAUGGAGAUCUGUGGAAGAGCCCAGAUCUUAUCCCAACGAACUGGGACCCAAACAUUGGACGGAGCCGCGCUUUGAACAGAUGAUGAGACUGAAGGAGGAAGCCCUGACUUUCGCUCGAUCUCAAGAAGCCGGUUACAUUUUGUUUGCCGACACAGACAGCAUCCUGACCAACAACCAAACCCUGAAAUUCCUCAUCGCACAAAACAAGUCAGUCAUCGCCCCCAUGAUGGAUUCCCAGACAUAUUAUUCUAAUUUCUGGUGUGGGAUCACCCCGCAGGGUUAUUACCGACGCACCGCGGACUAUUUCCCUACCAAGAACCGCCAGCGCCUCGGGUGUUUCGCUGUGCCGAUGGUCUUCGGAACCUUUUUGAUCGAUUUGCAAAAGGAGGACACCCUCGGCCUGGCCUUCUACCCGCCUCACCCCACCUACUCCUGGCCCUUCGAUGACAUCAGCGUCUUUGCCUAUUCUUGCCAAGUGACAGGAGCGGAGAUGUUUCUGUGCAACCAGGAGAGGUUCGGGUACAUCAACGUGCCGAUGGGCUCCCACCAGACGCUGGAAGAGGAAGAGGUCCAGUUUGUGCAUCUUGUCCUGGAGGCUAUCGUCGAUGGGCCUCCCAUGGCCCGCUCCAGGCACCUCUACGUCCCCCCAAAACAUCCCACCAAGAUUGGGUUUGACGAGGUGUUUCUCAUCAACCUGGCCCGACGCCCCGACCGGCGGCAACGCAUGCGGGAGGCUCUCUUUGAGCUGGAAAUAGACCCUUUGAUGGUCGACGCGGUAGACGGAAGGGCUCUCAAUAGCAGCAGCAUCAAGAAACUCGGCAUCGAUUUAUUGCCCGGAUAUUAUGACCCCUUUUCAGGGAGGACCCUCACCAAAGGGGAGGUGGGCUGUUUCCUCAGCCACCACCAUGUCUGGAAAGAGAUCGUCGAGAGAGGGCUGGAGAAAUCCCUCGUCUUGGAAGACGACAUUCGGUUCGAGGCUUAUUUCAAGAGGCGCCUUUUGAAGCUGAUGGACGAAUUGGAGCAGACGCAAUUCGAUUGGGAGCUGAUCUACUUGGGCAGGAAACAAGUCCACUCCGAUGAAGAGGAAGAGGUGGCAGAAAUCCCCAAUCUGGUGGUGCCCGAAUAUUCCUACUGGACGUUGGCCUAUGUGCUAUCGCGACGGGGAGCUCAGAAGCUGAUCGAGGCGCAGCCCCUCUCUAAAAUCCUGCCCGUGGAUGAAUUCCUGCCUGUUAUGUAUGACAAACAUCCCAAUGAGGAUUUCAAAAAAUAUUUCAGCAACCGGGAUUUGCGGGCCUUUUCCAUCCGGCCCUAUGUGGCUUAUCCUUCCCAUUAUGCCGGAGAUGCCGAAUGGAUGAGCGAUACAGAGUUUUCCACCAUCUGGGAUGACGAUUCUAGGAAAACCACUUGGAGCGGAUCGCAGAAGACAAUGAAGGAUGUCCGAAGCAUCAGCCACGGAGGCCUCAUCAGCUAUUCCUUCCCCACAGCACCUCGGGAUGAACUGUAAAAUCUGGCAGGUGCGCCUUCCGUCUUCGUAUCGUGGGAGAGAAAAGGCAGAUUUGUGAACGGAAGCUCCAUUUCCCCUUCUGCAUGAGACACAGAUUGGGGGGCCCGCGCGUUGCUUCAACCGUUUGGAUAAAGAGGGAUGGUGGGCCGGGCAAAGACCAGAGAUGGGUUGGGGCUCACCCAUCCGCUAGAGAUGGCGCUGUGCAAAGACAAGGGUCUCCAUCGAACAGUCCUGAACCAAUUUUUUAUUGAUGCAAUAAAGAC